UCACCACGCAGGGCGGCGUACUUCCUGGUUACGUUGCUCUCGCAUGUUGUGGUUGAUCGAUGCCUGGGUCCUUUCUGAAGGAAUGAUUCAUUUCCCUCUGCGGCGAAACUGGAUGUGCCGGAUCGGUCUAGCGCUCACUCUCCUCGGACUCCCCUGCACCGUGGCCUCCUCCGGACGAAGGUCUGCCAUCGCCUGCUCAUCCUUCCCCCCUUUCACCAGUAGCGCCACCGCCAGACCAAUCACUUCCAGUAGCUGUAACCUCUACCUGACCAGCGUCCUGACAAUGCCGACCUCAGCGGUUCCUCACGCAAAAUCCAGAUGCCCUCAGUAUCCAGGAUCCAGCAUCAAGCGCUUCCCAGUGCCCGAUAACCAGGUGGACUGGAGUCAGAACUGGCCGGAGUAUAAACCAGUCAGCCACACAGACUCUGUGGUAGCGAAGAAGCCAGCAUGGGCAGAUCCUGAUAUCGGAUCUUUCAGUCCAAAUUUCAACACUGUGGAUGGUUCUGUGGACAGGACAAGCUUCGAGGGCAGCUACAAGGUGGAAAACGGAAAGCCACUGAAUCCUCGUGGACGCACAGGAUUGAUCGAUAGAGGUCUGCUGGGACGAUGGGGACCGAAUCAUGCGGCUGAUCCAGUUGUCACAAGGUGGAAACUAGAUGCCAAAGGAGCAAAGAUACAGCACCCAGUCACCAAAAGGCCUAUCCUGCAGUUUGUGUCCAUCAAGAGGAAGGACUGUGGGCAGUGGGCCAUCCCUGGGGGGAUGGUGGAUGCAGGGGAGCAGGUCACCCUCACGCUGCAGCGGGAGUUCUCGGAGGAAGCGUUGAACUCUCUUUCGUUGUCGCCAUCGGAGAGAGCGAAAAUCAAUGAGCGCAUCACGACACUCUUUAAAUCAACAGGGUUUCAGGUCUAUAAAGGGUAUGUGGACGAUCCUAGAAACACUGACAAUGCUUGGAUGGAGACAGUCGUGGUCAACUUCCAUGAUGACUCAGGCGACAGUGUGAGCGAGCUGCCGCUGCACGCCGGCGAUGACGCAGGACAAGUCAAGUGGGCUGAUGUGGACUCGUCUUCCAGCCUCUAUGCAAGUCAUUCCCAUUUCCUGGAGCUGGUUGCCAAAGAGAGGAAGUCCCACUGGUAACCAAACCAAGACUGUUCCGACAAAACCAUGAAGGAAACACGAACAUUAGCAUCACUGCUCAAUGUGAGUGCUGAUAAUUAGAAUGCAUGACACCUAACCCUAUGUACCUCACUAAAUUUAACAUUAAAAUUACAUUUAUGAUAAUGAAAGCCUAAUAAACAUCUCAUUAACUGUA